UACAUCUUAAUGGGUUAAUUGUCGGUAAAUGAUUAAAUUCAUUGAUAAUAUUAUAUUUAUUUAACUAGAUUUUUUUUAAAUAUUGUAAGCUCUUUACAAUUUACAUCAUUCACGUGUUCACAAUGUUAUUCACAAAAGAAUAAAUGAUAUUCAUGAUUCAAAGGGGAUACAAAUUAGAUAAAUGCUACAUAAACUUAAUAUCAGUGAUACUUUAUUAUAAUCGUUGCUCGUUGCGAAAAUACCUAAGGAAAAUACCCAAAUAGUGAAAACUAUACGAUAUCUAUGCUUUUGUUUCUACACGAAAUCAAAUACUUCCACAUGCGGUUUCUGAACAUUAAGUAAAUAUGUCAAUUUUUUUGUGACACAUGACACUUGCUCUAAGUUUAAAAUUUAACGGAAAAUAGUUUUAGUUCAGAAGUGGUUCAGAAAAUACUUGCUCUGUGGUUCAGAACUUAUCCCGUAUUCCGUAAACAAAACAAUUAAAGUGGAUUAAAAGUGCAUAAAAAUGGAAGACUUCGAUGUAUUUACAAAUGAAAUAAACUUUACUCAACCAGUUUUCAAGAACGUCUUACACAAAUAUGCAAAAGAUAUCCCAUCUACUCCGAGUAGUGCAAAUUAUCAAAGUGCCCAAAAACUUUUAGCAGAGGAAUGUUUUUUUGAGAACAAAGAAAAAGAAUGUGCGUUCCACUUUAGUGAAGCUGUAUCAGCGUCAGUGCGAACAUUGGCCAUUUAUAGAGAGGAACAGGAUUUAAUAUCAGGGGAUAAACUGCAAAAACUGACCAAGUAUAUUAAGCCAGUAAAAAAUCUUAUAGAUUCUAAACCACUGUCUAAAGAAGAAGCAGAACUUGUCAGUUUUAUAACAGAUUUUGAAAAUACAACAAAAGUGUUGGAUGAUAUACAGUUACAUGAAAAUGAACCUUUUUAUAAGCAAUAUCUUAAAUUUGGACCACACAAUAAUGUUGAUAAUAUGCUGAAGAUAUUAUCUGAAUUGCCUCAAGAAUGGACAAUAGUACAGUUAACAGCGCCAUACAACCCAAACGAGAAUAUAAAACCGCACACAGAAUACAGAUGUGACAUCAAUUCUGUCUACUUGACUGUGUAUAGCAAUGAUUAUUUGAACGACGGACCGUUAACUGUGACCGUACCAGCUAAUAUCACUAAAGAAGGAGAAAAGCCCCUUUUCACAGAGUUAUUCUCAUUACUAGAUGAUAACUACAAAACAAUUGACAAUGCACAGUAUUUAAACAACAAAAGGUUAAUACGUAACUACUGGAGCCGCAGAGAAGAUGUUGACUUAAGGAUGAAGAGUGUAAUAAACGUAAUGGAUAAAGAUUGGCUCGGUGGUUGGUCCAGCUUGCUGACCGGGAAGAUCGCAGAUCCGAAGCUGCAGGAUAAAAUUGUUAAUAUGGUCGAUUGUGCUAUUGCUGAUUGGGGAUUUUUAAAACUGAACACAAAGCAAAAGAUACUCCUAUACAACCUAAUGGAUUCCUGCCCAUCGCUACAAAUGCAGCAAAUAAAAUCGUGCAUCAGGAAAAUCCUAACGGAAUAUGGCAACAUGGACGAGAUAAAAUCGAUUCAAAAUUCGAACGAAUGCGAAAAUUGUUCGAAAGAAUUUCGAUUUUCGAACGAAUUGUGUUUGAAAUGUUUAUCGAAAUGUUUCGAAGAGAUGCACAAGUUUAGUUUAGUGGAUGGAAUAAGGGCGUUUUCACAUGUUGCGACGCAAAUUAAGGAAAAUGACGAAUGGGCGGUUUUGAGGAAGGCGAAACGGCAUCCUGUUAUAUUGAUUGUGGACGAAAUGCUAGACACAUUUCCCUGGGAGAGUCUACCAGUAUUGAACCUGCAGCCUGUCACAAGAAUGGAAAAUAUUCACUUUUUGUACAUGUUGUACAAAAUACAUCAAAACAGAAUUGUGGAAGGGUAUUUUGAGGCAAAAUCAGAAGUUGGUCGAUAUAUUAUUAAUCCAGACAAGGACCUGGCCCGCAUGGAGCUGCGCAUGAAGUCGUUCCUGUCGUACUGGUGCGCGGGCUGGCGCGGCCGCACGGGCGAGCCGCCAGCCUCGCACGAGCUGCUGCACUACUUGGCUGAGGCCGAUGUGUUCCUGUACUGCGGGCACGGCGACGGGCUGUCCCGCAGCUCGGGCGGGGCGGGCUCGGGCGCGGUGUGCGUGCUGGCGGGCUGCGGGUCGGCGCGGCUGGCGGGCGGGGCCGGCCGCGCGCCGCCCGCCGCCGCGCACCACGCGCUGCACGCGCAGGGCUGUCCGAUGGUGGUGGGCAUGCUGUGGGAAGUCACGGACCUGGAGGUGGACAAGCUGGUGACGAGCCUGCUGGCGCUGGCGCUGCCCAGCGACGCGAGGGCUGACUGGCGCACUGUGGGCAAGGCGGCCUGGAACCAGGGGCAGCUCGACACGAACGUGGAACAGAAGACGCCAAUAGCUUCAGAGAGAGACCUACUCAGAGCUAUCUCUAAAUCUAGGAAUGCUACUAAUUUCCUAAUGAUAUCCACGAGUAUUGUAGCCAGAGGUUUGCCAGUACGUAUCAGUUGAGAGUUUUAUCGAAAUAAAUACAGCUGUUAUGAAGUUA